AUGGCUGAAGAAGAGAUGCGUGACCCCAGCACAUCUCCUUUAAAGGAAUACAUAAAGGCUGCUAAAACGACUUGUGGGGUACUUAGUCUGAUCAUAAUGUUGGUAGCUGCCCAAGGAAUUUGUGCUGGUGCUGAUUACUGGGGAAAAAUUGAAGCUCAAGGAAAUUUCGAAGAAUUGUUGAAUAGUAAACUGGACUUCACGAAAAUCUUAGGGGACCAUGAAGAAUUGGAAGAACCGGAGGUUCAUGAAACUGAAAGAACUGUAUCACCUAAGCUUCAAUAUAGGAGUGCAUCGGUUCUUUCAAUAGCAAAACUCCUACUGGGAGAACUACCAACUAAAUCUGGAAAAAUAUUUCUCGGAGGAAAAGUAUCGUAUUCUUCCCAAGAACCUUGGCUCUUUUCAUCGACAGUCCGGAACAAUAUUCUUUUUGGACAACCAUAUGUAAGAGAUUGGUACAAAAAAGUAGUCAGAGUAUGCUGUCUUGAAAAAGAUUUCGAUCAGUUUCCAGUUGGAGACAAAUCAGUUGUAGGAGAGAGAGGCGUGUCUUUGAGUGGCGGACAGAGAGCAAGAAUCAAUCUCGCCAGAGCCAUCUACAGGAGAGCCGACGUGUACUUAAUGGACGAUCCGCUGUCAGCUGUCGAUACUCAUGUUGGAAGAUCUCUUUUUGACGAAUGCAUUUGCGAACACUUGGAAGGAAAAACUAGGAUCUUAGUGACGCACCAGUUGCAGUAUUUGAAGAAAGCUGACUUGAUCAUCGUUAUCAAUGAU